AUGGGCGUCACGGAGGGGUCCCUGGCCACCGUCAAUCUCAAGGACUCUGGGGGGGGCGGUGGACGCGACGGCUACUUACCCCCUCCUCCUCCUCCUCCUCCUCCUGCCGCCCAGCCACCCACGGUGACCGGGGCCGAGCGCGCUCCCACCUCUCCGCCUUCACUCACUGCCUCCCCUCCGUCUGACUCGCCCCGGCCCCCGGCCCCCGGCCCCCUCCCAGGCCGCGGCCCGGCGCCCGCCCCCUCCGGCCACACAGCGCCCCGGCCGCCGCCAAAGGACGCGCCCCGGUCUGGCCUGUGCCGCCCCGUCCAGGAACCUCUUCCGCUCCACAACCCUCCGCGGCUCCCGCGACCCCGCGGUCCUGCCCCGCCUCGGCCCCACGGCCCGCUUCGUUUUCAAGUUCGCUCCCCGCCGCCCGAAACGCCGGAGCGCUCAGACCCUGAGACCCCGCGCGGCGGGCCAGGCGGCCAGAAGCCCCAGAGGCCACCCAGGGUGGCGCGCAGGCGGGACGAUCCAAGGCAGCCCGAGGAGUAUGACAACUCGUCGUGUCCGAGCCUGCAGGCUUUGGGGGUCCCGGCGCUCCACGCCGUCCUCGCAGCAGUCCCCAUUAUACAGGCGAGGACGCUAAGGUUCGGCGGCGGAGUCGGGAUCGGGACCCAGGUCCCAGGUCCCGGGCCCAGUCCAGAGCGAGCGCACCACCCCACCCGACCCCCUGCCCAGCUGGCCCGCAUCCCGCACGCCGGGAGGCUCCGGGGCCGCGCAGGCCGUGGGGUCCCGGGCCCGGCCCCACCAUCCCGCCCCGGCGCACACCCGGCUUCCUCUCCCUCCCGGGCGGCGCGGGCGGGCGCAAGAAGCACACUCUUUGUCUGCAGCGCCCCGCACCUCCCCCGCCCGCCAGCUCUGUUCCCCCCGCCCCCCACCCGUGCACGCCCAGCCAAUGAGGAGCGGCGGCGGCACGCAGGCCCCGGGGUGUUGUCCGCGCCUCGCCCGCCCAUUGGCUGCGCUCUGCGCCCCGCCCGAGCCCGGUCGGCCGGCCCGAGGGGCGGGGCGCGCGGCCCGAGGUGA